GUAAUUCGAUUGCUUAUUCUAGUAUGUAUGCAGACUAUCUAGAUAGAAACUGAGAUUGCCUGCAACAGCCAUUGCGUCACUUCUUGUUGUCCAGGGACAGAAAGGGAUAUAUAAGACCCUUGUUACCAGUUUUAGAUCGAGGUAACAUUGAUUCCAAACUCGUGGGAUAUUUGAGAUCAACCUUCACUUUUAAGAACUAUUUCUUCCAUACCACAACCACAAACAUGACUUCCCCUAUCCAGAAAAACCUCGUGGAGAAGAAUGCUGAGUAUGCCAGUCAUUUUACAAAGGGCGACCUUGCUCUUCCACCAGCCAAACACUAUCUGAUUCUGACAUGCAUGGAUGCUCGUCUCGACCCGGCUGCUGCAUUCGGCAUUGACCUCGGCGAUGCUCAUGUUAUCCGCAAUGCCGGUGGUAGCGCGAGAGACGGCCAGCGGUCCAUCAUCAUAUCGGAACAACUUCUCGGGACGAAGGAGAUCAUCCUCAUCAAGCAUACCGGUUGUGGCAUGCUGACAUUUUCUAACGAGGAUGCUCACGGCCUCGUAAAGAAGAACCUAGGUCCCAGUGCCGUGGCGGAGAUCGCUACACUUAACUUCCUCCCAUUUACCAACUUGGAAGAUGCCGUCAGGGAAGACGUUGACUACCUGAGGAAAAGCGCAACUGUGCCAGACGGUGUGAUCAUUAGUGGCUGGAUCUACGAGGUUGAAACAGGCAAGGUUAGACAGGUAGUGUAGAGAAGGUAGAUACCUAGUACUCGUUAGAAAUGGUGAGCAGAUCGGGGUAAAGGGUACGGGAAAAGGGGUAUUGGGGAAAGAAGGAGGUUUGUUUGGAGUGCUGAAAUCGUUAACUACAGUCAUUAGCAUUUUCGCUGUUAGGAAGAAUAAAGAAUUAAGCAAUGUUUUUUU